AUCUUGGAUUUCUUCUAUAAUAUGAAUAAAAAGUCACAUGACAUAAAAAUGGCGGACUGUCAAAAACUUUGGAAAAAAUUUAAGUUGUUCAUUAUUGUCUAAUAAGUCGUUAACGCUGGCGUUUAUCAACAAUGGAUUUUGUUGCGCAUUGGAAAAACUGGAUAAGGCCAUUGGCCCUUAUGAUUUAUUUUAUUCUUAUGAUGAUAGCCAUUCCACUGUGUGUUGUUGAAGUGUCAAAUAAAACACAAAAGAAACAUAUAAAAGCUUGGUUCACUGGAGGCGUGUUCGUCUUGAUGACAGUUCCCAUAUCCGUCUAUGAAAUAAUUCUUCAUGUUAUUAACUACACUCAACCAAACUUGCAGAAAUACAUUAUCAGAAUAUUAUGGAUGGUGCCAAUUUAUGCCCUAAAUGCAUGGUUUGGUUUACGAUUCAGCGUUGCUGCGAUAUAUCUGGACACGAUACGCGAGUGUUAUGAGGCAUAUGUCAUUUACAACUUCAUGGCCUACUUGCUGAGCUUCCUGUGGACUGUCCAUCCACAGUUGGAGAUAGCUCUCAGCAAGACCAAACAACAGAAACACAUAUUCCCAUUCUGUUGCCUACCUGUGUGGCCAAUGGGAAGCAAGAUGUUGCAGAAUGCAAAGCAUGGGGUGUUGCAAUACACAGUGGUGCGACCUAUAACCACCUUCAUUGCCCUUAUUUGUGAAAUCUCUGGGGUAUACCAUGAAGGGGAAUUCAGUCCAAAAAGUGGCUGGCUCUAUGUCACAAUACUGAACAAUGUCUCUCAAAUUUGGGCUAUGUACUGCCUGGUACUGUUCUACAAGGCCACCAAGGAGAUGUUGGCCCCUAUCAAACCCAUCCCAAAGUUCCUCUGUGUCAAGUUUGUUGUCUUCUUUUCAUUCUGGCAGUCAGUGGUUAUUGCAGCUUUUGGCAAGUUUGGUUUGAUACAGGAAUCACAGUUUUAUGAUUACGAUGUGAACCAACUUGCAGCUGCCAUGCAGGAUUUCUGCAUCUGCAUUGAGAUGUUUAUAGCAGCCAUCAUGCACUACUUUGCAUUCUCACACGAGCCCUUUGUGAACACGGAGGCACCACAAGGUAACUGUUGUCAAUCAUUUGCAUCAAUGUGGGAUGUUGGAGAUGUCAAGGACGAUGUGUUGGAGCAUGUGAAGGUUGUAACCACGACGAUGAAAAAGACUGUGAGUGCACCAUUCCUCCGGCGUAAAAAUGAGCCAGGAAACGAAAAAAACGCCUUUGCUCCAGUCACGUCUAAGUCAGAAUGAUGAAGAUCGUUCUAUAAAUCAAAUAACUGAGGCUGAAAUCAACCAUAAAAGUUAUCAGGGUCAAACUGACACAGAAAGUUUAGCGCCUGAACUUGAUAUUACCAGUCUGGACAGAUGGCAGUCCAAGUCAGCAAAAAGCUCAAAAUCUGUGUCAUCAAGCAUGCAUAAUUUCUAUGAAUCAAGCAGCGUAGAUGUCAGGUCUCUGCAAUCCGAUACCAUAGAGCAUCUGGGUGACUCUGCUCACAGAACAAUUUCAGAAUCUGCAGAGCAGUCAGGGGACAUUGAUGAUAACACAGAGCUGCCAAGAGAUAUAGAUCAAGGAAGGGCAAAUCAAGGUGACACUGCACUGAUUGUUGGAACACCUAAAGUGUCUAUACAGUCUGGUGAUGCUUCGUUGAGGAAUGAAAGUGAAGGCAAUUAUUCAGGGAUAAGUGAAAUGGUAUAAUUAAUAA